AUGGCUGUACAGUACUUAUUCACCUGGAAUUACCAGAAAGAUUCUUUCUUUCUAUCUAUCUAUCUAUCUAUCUAUCUAUCUAUCUAUCUAUCUAUCUAUCUCAGUCUAUUCUUAUCUAUCUAUCUAUAUCUCACUUUUUAUACCUACAUAUCUCUAUCUAUAACUUUUGAUCUAUCUCAGUCUUUUUCAAAUAUGUCUCACUUAUCUAUCUAUCUAUCUAUCUAUCUAUCUAUCUAUCUAUCUAUCUAUCUAUCACUAUUUAUCUCAUCCUACACCACCACCCCCUUUGCUAUUUCUGGCAUUCUCCCUUUUGUCCUUUUAUCUCUCUCUCUCUCUUUCUCUCUCUCUCUCUCUCUCUUUCAUUCACUCUCUUCCUCACUUUUUAAAUUACUCUCUGUUUUAUACGUCCCCGCCACUCACAACUGUCCUCUUUCUCACAUGCUCCAUUUUCCUUUCCUCUCACGUUUCUCAUCGAAUCCAUCGGCAGAUGUUACGAUUCAUCAAAGUCAUUCGCCUGUUUUGUCCCAAUCGAAAUUUUGUUUUACCGCCUCCGAAUUCGUCGCCAUCGUCGUGUUGACGGAGCGGCUAGACAAAUGUGUAGGACACAUGUGUCGCGUUGGGCCUCUGUUCAUUCAACUUCUCUUGUCUCUUUUCAUCUCUAUUAUUUUCUUUCCUUCUUUCUUUCUUUCUUUCUUUCUUUCUUUUUCUGCCUCAAAUCUUCGGUUUAUUGGAACGAAAUGUGUUGUCGAGAGGCGUGGGUCGAGGCGGGGGAGUGUUUGCUCCGGUUGA